AUGACAUACACUGGAGGUGUCAUUAAAGGACCCAUUGGCUGGCCUGAGCUGAGUGAUGUAGCCUCUCAGUGCCUGGAUGGAGGGAGCCCCUGUGAGAAUGGAGGCCGAUGUGCCCUGCUGUCCAAUGGGGAAGCUGCCUGUUUGUGCCAUCCAGGGCUGAUGGGGGAUCGGUGCCAAUUUGCAGACCCAUGCCACCAUGGUCCUUGUACCAACGGGGGCACGUGUAAGAGCUCCCUGCUUCAGGGCACCGUCCAGUACUCCUGCAUCUGUCCCCGGGGAUUCCGAGGACAGGACUGCUCCCUAAUUGAUCCUUGUGCCAGUAACCCCUGUGCCAAUGGGGGUCGCUGCUCCAGCAACCACAAUCGUUACAAUUGUACCUGUCCACCUGGCUACCAGGGCCGCACCUGCCGCAGCGAUAUAGAUGAGUGCCGGGUGGGCACUGUGUGCCAGCAUGGGGGUACCUGCAUCAAUGUCCCUGGCUCCUUCCGCUGCCAAUGCCCAGUGGGCUAUGCUGGGCCCCUGUGUGAGAGUCCUUCAGCCCCAUGUGCCCCCUCCCAGUGCCGUAAUGGGGGCACCUGCCACCAGACCGGGGAGUUCACGUAUGACUGUGCCUGCCUGCCUGGCUUCGAAGGGCACGACUGUGAGGUGAAUGUGGAUGACUGUCCAAGGCACCGCUGCCUGAAUGGAGCUACUUGCGUAGACGGCGUCAACACAUACAAUUGCCAGUGCCCCCCAGAGUGGACAGGCCAGUUUUGCACAGAAGACGUAGAUGAAUGCCAGCUGCAGCCAAACGCCUGCCACAAUGGGGGCACCUGCUUCAACACCCACGGAGGGCAUAGCUGUGUCUGUGUUAACGGCUGGACGGGCGAGAGCUGUAGUGAGAACAUCGAUGACUGUGCCACGGCUGUGUGCUUCCACGGAGCCACGUGCCAUGAUCGGGUGGCUUCCUUCUACUGUGCCUGUCCUAUGGGCAAGACUGGGCUCCUUUGCCACUUGGAUGAUGCCUGUGUCAGUAACCCAUGCCACGAAGAUGCCAUCUGUGACACCAACCCUGUGAAUGGGCGUGCCAUCUGCACUUGUCCCCCAGGCUUCACAGGGGGAGCUUGUGACCAGGAUGUGGAUGAAUGUUCCAUUGGUGCCAACCCAUGUGAGCACUUUGGGAAAUGUGUGAACACACAGGGCUCCUUCCAGUGCCAGUGUGGGCGUGGGUACACAGGCCCACGGUGUGAGACAGAUAUAAAUGAGUGCCUCUCUGGACCCUGUCAUAAUCAGGCCACCUGCCUUGACAGAAUCGGACAGUUCACCUGCAUCUGCAUGGCAGGAUUCACAGGUACCUUUUGUGAGGUGGAUAUAGACGAGUGUCAGAGUAGCCCUUGUGUGAAUGGUGGACAAUGCCAUGACCGAGUGAAUGGCUUCAGCUGCACUUGCCCCUCAGGCUUCAGUGGUAUGAUGUGCCAGCUGGAUGUGGAUGAGUGUGCAAGCACGCCGUGCCACAAUGGGGCCAAGUGUGUAGACCAGCCUGAUGGAUAUGAGUGCCGUUGUGCCGAGGGCUUUGAGGGCCUGCUGUGUGAGAACAAUGUGGAUGACUGCUCCCCGGACCCAUGCCAUCAUGGGAGCUGUGUGGAUGGCAUCGCCAGCUUCUCCUGUGCCUGUGCCCCAGGCUACACGGGCAGCCGUUGUGAAAGCCAGCUGGAUGAGUGCCACAGCCAGCCUUGUCAACAUGGCGCCAAGUGCCUUGACCUUGUCAAUAAGUACCUGUGUUACUGCCCCCCUGGCACCUCAGGGGUGAAUUGUGAAAUAAACCAUGAUGACUGUGCCAGCAACCCCUGCGACUAUGGAGUUUGCCAGGAUGGGAUCAACCGUUAUGACUGUAUCUGCCAGCCAGGCUUCACAGGGCCGCUCUGCAAUGUGGAGAUCAAUGAGUGCUCAUCCAACCCCUGUGGGGAAGGUGGUUCCUGUGUGGAUGGGGAGAAUGGCUUCCACUGUCUCUGCCCACCUGGCUUUCUGCCCCCUCUGUGCCAUGCUCAGCGCCACCCCUGUGCCAGUAAUCCCUGCAGCCAUGGCGCCUGCCAUGAUGACCCGAGUGGGCACCGCUGUGAGUGUGAGCCAGGCUGGACCGGCCCCAUGUGUGACCAGAACCACAACGAGUGUGAGUCUAAUCCGUGCCAGGCUGGAGGCACCUGUACUGACUACAUCAACGGCUUCCGCUGCACCUGCCCUGAUGGCCUCCAGGGCCCACACUGUGAACAGGAUAUCGAUGAGUGUGAAGGGUCUAGGCCUUGUGGCCCCCAUGGUUUCUGUAUCAACUUUCAUGGGGGCUUCAGUUGCACCUGUGAUCCAGGCUAUAGUGGGACCACUUGUGAGAGGGACAUCGAUGACUGUGACCCCAACCCUUGUUUGAAUGGUGGCUCUUGCCGGGACGGCGUGGGUUCUUUCUCCUGUUCCUGCCUCCUGGGUUUCACGGGUCCUCGAUGUGCCCUGGACAUCGAUGAGUGUCAGAGCAGUCCCUGUGGCCCAGGGACCUGCUCUGACCAUGUGGCAUCCUUCACCUGUGCCUGCCCUGCUGGCUAUGGAGGCCUCCACUGUGAGCGCGAUCUUCCUGACUGCAGUGAAAGCUCUUGCUUCAACGGCGGCACCUGCGUGGAUGGGGUGAACUCCUUCACUUGCCUGUGCCGGCCAGGUUUCACUGGCCCCCACUGCCAGAGAGAAGUGGGUGCCUGCCACUCAAGACCCUGUCAACAUGGGGGCACCUGCAUAGAGGAGCACCGGGGCUACCACUGCACCUGCCUCCCUGGCUAUACUGGUGCCCAAUGCCAGAUGCUGGUGGAUUGGUGCAGCAGGGCGCCCUGUCAGAACAGAGGCCGUUGUAGCCAGACGGGGCCUACCUUCUCCUGCCAUUGUUCUCCUGGCUGGAGUGGCCAUUUCUGUGAUGUCCCCAGCCUUUCCUGCAGGGCAGCUGCAGCUAAGAAAGGGGUGAGGCUGCAGCAGCUGUGCCAGGCUGGGGGUCGCUGUGUGGAUUCGGGCAGCACCCAUCACUGCCUGUGCCCAGCCAGUCACACAGGCAGCUAUUGUGAGCAGGAGGUAGAUUACUGCAGCAUCCAGCCCUGCCAGCACGGUGGCACAUGCCGCAGCUACGUAGGGGGCUACGUGUGUGAGUGUCCCAUUGGGUAUGAAGGAAACAACUGUGAGGCUGAGGUGGAUGAGUGUGAGUCCCAGCCUUGUCAGCACGGGGGCUCCUGCAUUGACCUUGUGGGCCGUUACCUCUGUUCCUGCCCCCCUGGAACACUGGGAGUGCUUUGUGAGAUCAAUGAGGAUGACUGUGCAGUGACCCCCGGUGGGAAGCAGGGCCCCCAGUGCCUACAUAACGGGACAUGUGUGGACCAGGUGGGAGGUUACCGGUGCAACUGCCCCCCUGGUUACACAGGAGCCCACUGUGAGGGGGACCUCAAUGAGUGUAGCCCUGGUGCCUGCCAUGCCCCUCACACCCGGGACUGCCUCCAGGAUGCCUACGGGGGCUUUCACUGCCUCUGUCACCCUGGCUAUACUGGCCGGCGAUGCCAGACUGCAGUGUCUCCCUGUGAAUCUCAGCCUUGUCAGCAUGGGGGUCAGUGCCAGCCAAGCCCCAACAAUAUCCUGGCCUACACUUGCCAUUGCCCUCCGCCAUUCUGGGGCACCAGCUGUGAGCGAGUAGCCCGGUCCUGCCGGGACUUGCCCUGUGCUAAUGGGGGUUUGUGCCAGCUGACAGCUCUGGGUCCCCGCUGUACCUGCCCCCAAGGCCUGGCUGGACCCUCCUGCCAUCUCCGUACCAACACCAGCUGUUUGGGUACCCCCUGCCGACAUGGGGGCACCUGCCGGGUCCUGGCCCAGGCCCCUUUCUUCCGAUGCCUGUGCCCACCAGGCUGGGAAGGUACCCACUGUGAGGGCCGGGUUCAUGGGGCCCUGCCACCCUUGCUGCCACCCCCUGAGGAGCCACAGUGUCCCAGAGCCAGCUGCCGGGACAAGCGGGGUGACAAAUACUGUGACCGGGAGUGUAACUCACCUGCUUGCCAGUGGGACGGAGGUGACUGCUCACUCAGCGUGGAUGAUCCCUGGCACCAGUGCCAGGCCCUUCAGUGUUGGCGCCUCUUCAACAACAGUCACUGUGACCCGGCCUGCAACACACCGGCCUGCCUCUAUGAUAACUUUGACUGCCACAGCCAGGAACGUGGCUGCAAUCCUGUUUACGAGAAAUACUGCUCAGACCACUUUGCUGACGGCCGCUGCGACCAGGGCUGUAACACAGAGGAGUGUGGCUGGGACGGGCUGGAUUGUGCGGGUGCUGUGCCAGAGUUGCUGGCCAAGGGGGUCCUUGUGCUCACGGUGCUGCUGCCCCCGGAGGAGCUCCUUCAUUCCAGCGCUGACUUCUUGCAGCGUCUCAGCGCCAUCCUGCGCACUGCCCUGCGCUUCCGCCGAGAUGCCCACGGCAACCUCAUGAUCUAUCCCUACUAUAGGCCUGGUGGACAUCCCAGCCGGGAGCUGGCCUCUGAGAUCAUUGGCUCAAUGGUGAUGCUGGAAAUCGACAACCGCCUGUGCCUCCAGACCCCAGAGAGUAACCACUGCUUCCCGGAUGCCCAGAGUGCUGCUGACUACCUGGGGGCCCUGUCUGCUGUGGAGCGGCUGGACUUUCCCUACCCUCUCAGGGCUGUUCGGGGUGAACCCCUGCAGCCCCCCGAGUCCAGCUUACGGCUGCUCCCACUGCUCGUGGUCGGAGCCGUCAUUCUUGUCACCUUGGGUCUGGGUGUCCUGGUUGCCCGGAGGAAGCGUGAGCACAGCACCCUGUGGUUCCCUGAGGGCUUCUCGCUCAACAAAGAGUCAGCUGGGGCCAAUAAGGGCCGGCGGGAGCCCGUGGGCCAGGAUGCGCUGGGCAUGAAGAACAUGACCAAAGGAGAGAGCCUGAUGGGAGAGCCUUCUGAAGACUGGAUGGAUACAGAGUGCCCUGAGGCCAAGAGACUGAAGGUAGAGGAGCCUGGGACUGGGGCUGAGGACCCCGUGGACUGCCGCCAGUGGACUCAACACCAUCUUGUUGCUGCUGACAUCCGUGUGCCCCCAGCCAUGGCACUAACCCCACCCCAGGGGGACCUCGAUGCUGAUGGCAUGGAUGUCAAUGUGCGAGGUCCAGAUGGCUUUACCCCUCUGAUGUUGGCCUCAUUCUGUGGGGGAGCACUUGAGCCGGUGCUGGUGGAUGCCGAGGAGGCUGAAGAUACCCCAGCCAAUAUCAUCUCAGAUCUGAUCUGCCAGGGGGCUCAGCUUGGCGCUCAGACAGAUAGGACAGGAGAGACUGCCCUGCACCUGGCUGCUCGCUAUGCCCGCGCCGAUGCUGCUAAGCGCCUGCUGGAUGCUGGUGCUGACACCAAUGCCCAGGACCACACAGGCCGUACUCCCCUGCACACAGCAGUUACUGCUGAUGCCCAGGGUGUCUUCCAGAUCCUAAUCCGAAACCGUUCCACGGACCUGGAUGCCCGUAUGGCGGAUGGCUCAACAGCAUUGAUCCUGGCUGCCCGGCUGGCUGUCGAGGGCAUGGUGGAGGAGCUUAUUGCCUGCCAUGCUGAUGUCAAUGCUGUGGAUGAACUGGGUAAAUCUGCCCUGCAUUGGGCUGCAGCUGUCAACAAUGUGGAAGCCACCAUGGCCCUCCUCAAGAAUGGGGCCAACAAAGACAUGCAGGACAGCAAGGAGGAGACACCCCUGUUCCUAGCAGCCCGGGAGGGCAGCUAUGAGGCGGCCAAGGUGCUCUUGGACCACUUUGCCAACCGGGAGAUCACGGAUCACCUGGACCGACUGCCCCGAGAUGUAGCCCAUGAGCGGCUACACCAGGACAUCGUCCGCUUGCUGGAGGAACACAACACAGCUCGAAGUCCUCCAGGUGCCCAUGGGCUGGCCCCGCUGCUCUGUCCACCGGGCACUUUCCUGCCUGGCCUCAAGCCCACGCCUUCAGGGAGUGGCAACAAGAAGAGCCGGCGGCCCCCAGGAAAGGGUGGCCCGGGGUCCAGCGGGACCAAGGGUCGUACCAAGAAGCUCACACUUGCCUGCCCGGGCCCUUUGCUAGAAAGCUCUGUGACACUGUCACCUGUAGACUCUCUGGACUCACCACGGCCUUUUGGUGGGACUCCUGCUUCCCCUGGGAGCUUUCCCUUGGAUGGGCCCUAUGCAGCCACUGUGUCACUGGCUCAGCUGGGUGGGACAGGGAGGGGUGCACUGGGACGGCCCCCAGGAGGCUGUGUGGUGAACUUAGGCCUGGUGAGCCCUGUGGCGGUGCCUUUUGACUGGGCCCGCCUACCCCCGCCAGCCCCUGGGACCACCCACCCUAGCUUGGCUCCGCCAGGCCCUUCUUUCUUAUUGCCUGGGCCCCUGCCACUGGCCCCAGGCCCCCAGAUCUUGGUGCCUGGGACCCCUGUCUCUCCCAAGGAGCCCCCACCCCAAUACUUCCCACCAGGUGGAACAGCUGAGGAGUACCCACCACCUGCUGGUCCUGUGCCUCCUGCUCGAGGCAGCCCCUCGAAACACUUCCUGCGGGUGCCCAGUGAGCACCCCUACCUUACUCCAUCCCCGGAGUCUCCUGAACUGUGGGCCAGCCCUUCCCCCCGCUCGCUCUCAGACUGGUCUGACUCCACACCCAGCCCUGCCACUGGGGCUCUGUUGACACCCCAUCCUGUCCCUGGCCCCCUGCCCCAGGGCCAGGGCCAGGGCCAGACUCAGACUCAGCUGGGUCCCCGGCCUGACCCAGCCCCCAAAAGGCAAGUGUUGGCCUGAGACAGCUCCCUGACCCCGGGCUCUGCCAGGCUAAGACCCAGGUAGGGUUCCUGGGCUCUGGGGAGACAGGGCAUAGGGCCCUCCCCUGGGUCUCCUAUCCCUCUACUGCCAUCUUUCCCUCAUGUUUUUUUCUCACUCACUCUUUCUCUCUCUGACCCCAUACACUCUUCCCUCUCUUUGCCUUCUCCCCAGGCUUCCAUUUUCUGUCUCUGACAUUAGUGGUUUUUUUUUUUUUUUUUUACAUUUUGUAUAGAACCAAAUACAUUUAAACAAACUUAUUAUUAUAUCUAUAUAUAUUUUUUUUUACAAAAUAUAUAUAUGGAGAAGGUCCCUACCUUUCCGUUACCUACCCCCGCCCCCAGCUGCACUCCCCCAAAAGGGGGCCAGGCUAAAGCCCCCCACCCCCUGCCCUCCCAUCAGUGCCCCCGUGGGGCUGACCCUGUCGGCCUAUAGGCCGCACCAGAUCCCGUGUACCGAGUACACCAUUGUGACCAUGUCUCCCGUGGUGCCUGUGGCCAUGUUUGUGAGCCCCUGUAUUGGGGGUAGGGAGGACAACAGUGGCACCUGAAUUGGAAAUGUUCCCUACUUCACUGCAUUCCAGAUGUAACUUAUUUUGUGGCAUUGCUUGGGAAGGGACCAUGUCCAUUUCCCUGAGCUUUAGAGGGAAACGUUGGCCUACUUGCUCUGUUUCCUUUCCCCUUAUAGAUUUGGGGUAGGUGUGGGUCAUUGUUCCCCCCAAAAUCUGUACAUUUCACUAAAGUCUUUAUGUAAAUAUGGGGGUAGAGGGUCUCCCCAGCCCCUUGCACUGCCCAGGGCUCCCCUGGCCUCUGUAUCAGAAAUAGACGGAUUUUAGGCUAUUUUUGUAAUGUGUCCCAUCCUGCACUGCCUUUGGAGCCCAGGCUCCUCUCUUCCCCUCCCCCAUUGUACAGACCCUUGACCUUUUGCCACCAUCUAAUAAAAGUGU